AUGCAAGGCCUACGGCGUUGCUCAAACGACAUCGUCCACCUCGGCCUCUCCCCUUGCCCGACCCCGCCCUCCCCUCCCGGCCCUCCCUCCAACAACCCCUCCUCCCUCUCCAUCGACGUGGCUGAGUCCGCCGAGACCCGCAUCCGGCGCCUCAUCUCCGAGCACCCCGUCAUCAUCUUUAGCCGCACCUCCUGCUGCAUGUGCCACGUCAUGAAGAAGCUCCUCGCCACGAUUGGGGUCCACCCCACCGUCAUCGAAUUGGACGAUCACGAGAUCGCCGCCCUCCCCUCGUCCUCGUCCUCGUCCUCGGACGACAACAACAACGAAGAACAGCAACAUCAGCAACAACCUUGUAAUACUCCGCCCGCCGUUUUCAUUGGCGGCACGAGCGUCGGUGGCCUCGAAUCUCUCGUGGCCCUCCACCUCAGCGGCCACCUCGUCCCCAAACUGGUCCAAGUCGGUGCCCUCUGGGAGCUUCAGGACCGUCCGAUCUGUGGACUUCCUGGUAGGUAG